AGCCACUUUCUUAUAAAAAAAAAAAAAGAAAAAAAAAUGUCUUUAUUGGUGACUUUAGUUCGUCAUGGCAAUACCAAUGCUAACAAUGAACGUUGGUUACAAGGACAUACUGAUACUGACUUGAAUGAAAACGGGUUAAAGCAAGCUGACAGUUGCGGUGAACGCUUAAAGGAACAAAAUUUUGAUCACGUUUAUUGUAGUGACUUAAAACGUUGUAAACAGACAGCUUCUGCCAUUCUCUCCUAUCAAAAAUCUGUCUCUAUUGAUUACCUUCCAUUAUUACGCGAACGAGAUUUCGGUAAACUUUCUCGUCAACCACUAAAGUACCUCAAUACAGAGUCACAACGACUGAAUUUAACUAUCGAUCAGUUCAUCGUUAAUCAUCAAGGUGAAAGUGAAAAGACCUUUCGGGAAAGAGCAGUAGCUGCAUGGAAAUUUAUUAUUAAGGAUGCACAAGAGAAAAAAUAUAGGUCCAUUCUAGUGGUAACACAUGGUGGACCAUUAAAGUAUCUCUCUAGUUAUUGGAUUGAGAGUGGAUUUAAGACUGCUCAAGAUGGGCUUGUAGUAGCGCCUGUAGCACAAGGCAAUACAGCCAUUACUCGUAUCAGUGUGACAGAUAAACUAAUUUAUGAGUUUAAUUCAACAAAUCAUCUAAAGGAACAAAAUUCAACUCAACCUCCUCCUCCAGCCGUUUAGAAUAGCUGAUAUUAUAGACUAGUUAAUAAAUAAAUAAAUAAAAAAC